AUGAGUUACCAGAAGGUGGAGGAGCUGAUCUCGUCCGCGCAGCUGAAUGUCCCGUGCGAAGAGAAGGUGUUCACGGCCGUCAUCUCGUGGGUGAAGCACGACCUGAGGGAGAGAGAAAAGCACGUGCCGCAGCUUCUCCAACACGUCCGGCUCCCGUUGCUAUCGCGCGACUUCCUGACCUCGAACGUGGACGCGGAGCCGCUGGUGAGGGAGAACUCCGCGUGCCAUCACCUCCUUCUUGAAGCCCUCAAGUACCACCUCCUCCCUGAGCAGCGCGCCAUACUCACCUCCCCGCGCACGCAGGAGAGGCAGCCGGAGGGCGUCAAGCCGUACCUGUUCGCUUGCGGUGGAGGGAGUCUGUUCGCCAUCCACAGUGAAGUCGAGUGUUAUAAUCCCCGCACGGAUCGCUGGAUGCCAGUCGCUUCCAUGAAUUACAGAAGGUCCCGCGCGGGUGUCACCUCUCUAGGCCGCUACCUGUACGUUAUGGGCGGCUACGACGGAGCGUGUGACCUGUCCUCGGCUGAGAUGUACAACCCUGGCCUCAACAAGUGGCUCAACAUUACAGCCAUGGGCACUAAGCGGUCUUGCCUAGGUAUCGGUACGACGGAUGGGCUCAUCUACUGCGUUGGGGGAUACGACGGAGCAUCUUGCUUGAGUAGCGUGGAGAGAUACGACCCCCUCACGGGCACAUGGACCUCCUGCCCUGCGAUGGCCACCAGGAGGCGUUACUGCAGGGUAGCCGUCCUUGACAGCUGCCUCUACGCCCUGGGCGGCUUCGACUCCACCAACUACCAGUGCACGGUCGAGAGGCUGGAUCCGCGGGUGGGGAAGUGGAUGUCCGUACCGCCCAUGAUGAGCCGGAGGAGCAGCUGCGGGGCGGCGAUCCUCGGGGGAAUGCUGUACUGCGUGGGCGGCAACGAUGGCACCAUGUGCAUGGCAUCGGCCGAGCGGUUCAACCCGCGGAGGAACACGUGGGAACCCAUCACGGCCAUGCACUCGCGCAGGUCGACGCAUGAGGUAGUGGAGAUCGACGGCUUCUUGUACGCCCUCGGGGGCAACGACGGCUCGUCCUCCCUCAACUCCAUGGAGCGCUACGACGCUAAACUCAACAAGUGGGUCCUCGUCACGUCCAUGCUGGCGAGACGGUCUUCCGUUGGUGCUGCGGUGUUGGACUGCCUGCAGCUGGAGAAAGGCCUCAACAAAUCUACCUGACAGGUGGACCGUUACCCUUCCCUCUUGUCCUAAUUAGACCCAGGUCACACCAUGGGGUCAUCUACUUACCAUGGACCAAAUUUGAUUAGAUAAUGGCCUUUCACGUAGACUCAUCUAGAACUCAUUUUUCAGAGGGGGCAAGGUCGUCCACUGUACUUACUUGGAUGAGUGAAAAACUAGUCACGUAUGUUUUUGGAAUUCCUUUGUAAUGUUAAACUAGUCAGAUAUGUUCCUAUGUAGUUGCAUUAUAAGCCAUAUCAAAAUCCUCUCUUGUAUAAGAGAAACUAGUAAGACUUGGAGAAUGGUAGAGAAAAUGUUUGAUAUGCAUUUUACUAAGGCAUUACCGUUUAGUUGUUAUAUCUCAGAAAAAGAGAUCCAGGAAAAUGAUAAGGAUUUCAAUUUCUUCAACAACGUUGUGGAUACUGUCCUCGACUUUGAACCAUAUUUAUAUGUGAUCUCAGUAGCAUUUGAAUAUUUUUACAGUAUAUACAACAACAACGAGUAACACAAUAGAAAGAAAAGAGUGGAAAUAUAGCACCAUGAAUUUCAAGACAAAACAAACAGACAAACAACACACUUACUAAAACUGCUAUUUACCAUAUAGAAACCAAUUAUCUUUUGAAGGUGUAUAAUUAUUAUUUACAACUACCUGAUGCAAAUACACUUUUACAGGCAACAGAUCCUAUAGAGGAUAACAUCAAAUUUGUGAUCAACCUGAACCAUUUAUCAAUAUAUAGAUAUUAACACAUAUAUUAAUACACAUAUGUCUCCAAUUGAAACGCCUAACAUAAUUUUGUC